AUGCCAGAUAUGUUAGCUAUGCCGACGAAUAGUAUCAAGAAAGGUGUUGUAGAGGCUAGUUAUCGUGAGGCAUAUAGAACAAAACUUUCGCCUGAAUUUACAGGAAUUGCCGUACAACAUUUACUACUUUGUCUGGCUCUUUAUCUGCAGCUCGGUGAUGAGAAUUCUACAGCGGAAAUUGUGAAAGACGUUGAUAUUUUCAAUCAAUUGUAUGUUUUGGUAGGCAGAAACAAGUCACAUUAUCCAACAAAAACAAAUAAUGCCAAACUUAUUGGUUUAUGUUUUAACAAUGAAGAAUUCCAAAAGCAAUCAAAAGAAAAUAGCUCACUAUCUAAAAUGAAACCCUAUCAACAAAGUGAAAACAAGCCAGAAAUGAGGUAA